ACGACAGAAGUGCGUCAACCAGCACCAGUCGUAGACACCUAUGUGAGGCCCCGGCCUCAGAUGACAACUAUAUCACCUGUGCAGCAGCAGCCAGAGAAGACCGAGGAAAUUCCGUACGUUCCCGAUCUACAGCAACCUCAACUUCUACCGCAUGAACAGAUCAUGAUUGAGGACAUCCGAGCCAACUACCUGAAGCCGCCCUCCUACGAGCCUUACAACCUGCAGGAGAAUCUGAAGAAGGACCCCUCGAGAGGACAGACCAAAGUGAUCCUGGAGGCACUCAAGAACAUGCGGAACGGGUUUUUCGUCGAGUGCGGCGCGUUGGACGGUGAGACUCGCUCCAACACCCUGUUCAUGGAGAGGUUCCUCGGCUGGACGGGUCUGCUGGUCGAGGCCGACCCCAGCAACUUCCGCAAGGUCCUCAGCAAGAACCGCAACGCCUGGAGCGUCAACGUGUGCCUCAACAGCAGGAACGUCAAGAGUCAGGUCAGCUUCAAACCGGCGUUUAACGUCGGCAAGAUAGCGCGUCAGAACGCCUCCGGCACAGUCGAGGUGGACUGCUUCCCUUUGCACGCGCUGCUGUUGGCGCUGGACGUGAGGCGGGUCGACUACUUCAGCCUGGAUGUCGAGGGAGCCGAGCUGGACGUGUUGAGGACGGUGCCUUUCGACCGUAUCGACAUACGGACACUCUCGGUCGAGUUUGCGCACACAUCUGGCGGUGGAAAGCCGGCCCUCCGUGCUUUCAUGGAGUCCAAGGGCUACACCGUGAUUCGUGAGGUAAAGCAGAAAGACUGGACGGCCAACGACUUCAUCUUCGUCAAGAACGACACGUUUUCAGAGGAGGAGAGACAGCGGCUGUCCGCGCCGUACCGUCGACACUGAGCUGACGUGAUUAGACUCUCUGUGUGAUAAAGGAAUCUAUGAAAGGGAAGGAGGGGAAGGAGCUGUCGUCGGUGGUAUUCUGAGUUUGAAACGCGCCGGAUAUUUCUGGUGACGAUAUUUCCCUGAGAAGACAGCAGAAAGGUAACAAGUGCACGGAGACAGCAUAUCAUGAAGGGGAAUUAAUUCCUGAUGUCCAUCAUGGGGAAUCGGCAUAAAAAGACACGAGAGAAUAGUUCUUACACUGACAGAGGUGGGAUGGAACUGAAGGGGUCGUAGGAUGACCCAGGGUGAUAUGAGGUGUAGCAUCUGCGGAACGAGGCGGUGCUGGUGCAUGGCGAAGCACCAGAACAUGUUGGCGGCACUUAAUGUGUCAUAAAACUGGACCAGUGUCGGCGCAUGGUGGAUGCCCUAUCGGCACACAGGAUGACGAAACUUUCCAAUCAAGUGGUGAGCUUGUUUAACCUUCGCCACGGUAGAUAGGCUCGUCAGUGUUGUGGCUCGACAAAAUAACUUGUGACGAAGUUGGUCACUAUGGCCGCUGGAUAUCGGACAUAGCCUAUGCUCGUAUAAUUCCCUGAUAGGCCUGUGAUUAAAAUGCUAUUCCCGUUAGCUCAACAUUUUAAUUGCAGUCAACAGAUAUCCGGGCUGGCUCAUAGCUCAGCAUCUAUCUCGGCUGGCUCUCUGUCAUUCUGACUCAAUGAGCUGACAAACUAUAAGCUGACGACAGGCAAGUCUUGAGCUAAUAUGCCGGGCUUAGCUCGUUGCUAGCUCAACUGUCCGUGACUUGAGGUAUUGUCCACAGCAUCUUAUUAAAGCUCAUCCACCAUGAUUGUGCCGUUUGUUGGAGCUUGUUAUUGUUGUUGUGCUUUUCGUGAUCUUAGAAGCGUUCUGGAAGCUCCGCUUUUAGCCACCGAAUGCCGCUGUUGCUGUUCUAAUUCGCUGACGUUGAUUUGUGCCUGGAUGUAUGACGUUGCAUUGUUUUAUCACGGGACUGUGACUGCCUAGUUCGCAUAGUUAAGACUUGUUCUGCUUGUGUUUCUUCGGCAUAUGACGUCAUCUGAGCAUGGUUGGUUAGGAAGUGACGUCACGUGGGUUACCGUUGUUCGGGUUAUGCCCUCAAGUUAUCUUUCGAGUCAAUGCGGCUAUUUCGCGAAUGUGAUAGCAUUAUCCCAUGAAUGUGUCGAUUCAUUCCAAAACUAAUAUCACGCAAGCAUAUUCUAUUUAUAUAAAUUACCGAUCCCCUUUCGCCUGUGAUACAUCUGUAGCGAAACUAAUGACGUUACGUCAGCUGGGUGUAACUUAUUUGGCUAAACACAACCUAGCUGGUGAAUAUAUAGUUCACCUCGGAGCCACCAGGGGCACGGCCCUGCCUCGCUCGCGUUCCUGUGUUUGUGUGUGCAUAGAAGUGAAAUGAAGAUGAUGUUUGACUUUCCGUGUGGGACGUGGGUCGAUUUGGUGCACAUAAAAUAAAAGAAAGUGACAUGGUUGCAUAUAGCCUGGGUCACUGGCGGAUCCAG